CAUGUACAGAUGAUUUCAUCAACCCAGGUCAGCCUUUGAACUCUUUAUCCGAGGACUAUAUAAACCAAUUGCUCCUUGGAGAAUUUACCAUCUGGUCUAAAACCUCCAAGACUUAAGGUAAGCCUCAAACUACAUUAUGUCUAUUAUCAUUCUGAGCUCUAGUAAGGGAUCUGUAUACUGAUCAGAAACAGAAAAAAAUAAUGUAUUGUUUUCUAUUUACAGGCAAGUCUAACACAACUGCAACCAUGAAAGUCUCCCUCAUUGCCCUUCUUGUUGUUGCUCUGGCCAUUGGUUCUGAGUCAGUAUCUCUUGUUAAGAGAGAGGCUCCUGCUGAGUUCGAGACAAUCGCAAAGUACUUCCAGGACCUCGCUGACACUUUCAAAGCCCCCGAGAUGGCCAACAAAGCCAUGGCUUACUUUGAGGAGAGAAAAGCCCAGUUCCAGCCCAUGGUAGAGAAGCUCCAGGAGCAGCUGAAGCCUUUUUCCAACAUUGAAGAGCACAUCAAGCCACUGGCCGCCUCUGUCCAGUCUCAGGUCUCCCCUCUGAGUGACAUGGUCCAGGCACAGGUUCAAGACAUGAUCAAGUUUCUUGCUGAGAAGACCAAAGAAAUCCUUCCUCCCCAGUAAACAGGAGUCGUUUCCUGUAGGUUUCAAAUAAUAAAAGGACUUGAAACGUGUCAUAUGUGUACUUGUUUUUCAAUAUGUUAUUCACAGUCCAAUACUUUCUUUAUGGACAGGCUACUUGCCAAUAGCAGUAUCAGUUUCAAGCUGGUAUCAAUAUGUCAGUUGGUUUAAUCGGUUUAGCGGAUGUCAUAAAACAAUAGUAUGA